AUGGCCGCUCCUCAAGUACACCACCUCUUCAACCACCCAAUCGCGGACCACUCCUUCUCGGCCGAUCGCAAGACACUCGCUGUUGCCAGAGACAACACGGUCGAGCUGUACUCGGCCAAUGCCUCUCGCUUCACCCUCAACGACGAGCUGCGCGGCCACGACAAGCUCAUUACCGGCGUCGACAUUGCCCCCAACUCGGGCAAGAUUGUCACUUGCUCUCAGGACCGCAAUGCAUACGUCUGGGAGCCCUCGAAUGGCUCAUGGCGCCCCACCCUCGUCCUUCUUCGCAUCAACAGAGCCGCCACAUGCGUGAGAUGGUCGCCCAACGAGGCAAAGUUCGCUGUCGGCAGUGGUGCUAGGGUUGCUGCUGUCUGCUACUUUGAGGAGGAGAACGAUUGGUGGGUGUCCAAGCACCUGAAGAAGCCCCUCCGCAGCACCGUCACCAGCGUCGGCUGGCACCCCAACAGUGUCUUGGUUGCUCUGGGCAGCACCGAUGGCCAUGCUCGUGUCCUCAGUGCCUUCAUCAAGGGUGUUGAUGAGAGACCCGCCCCCUCUGUUUGGGGUGAACGUCUACCCUUCAACACCAUCUGUGGAGAGUUCCUGAACCAGACAGCCGGCUGGGUCAAGAGCGUCGCCUUCAGUCCCUCCGGAGAUGCCGUGGCUUUCGUUAGUCACGACUCGACCAUGACUGUCGCCUAUCCCGCCGGAGAAGGUCAGCCUCCUCACGCUGUCAUCAACAUCAGUACUCAAGUCCUACCUUUUGCUGAUCUCCUCUGGAUCGCUGAGGGUGAGAUCAUUUGUGCUGGAUAUGAUUGCGAACCUUUCCGCUUUUCUGGUUCUUCAUCCGGAUGGUCGCUUGUCGGAUCCCUUGACAGUACCUCGAAGUCCGGCUCUGCCAAUCAGCGCGAAGAGUCUGCUCUCAAUAUGUUCAGACAGAUGGACCUCCGUGGCAAAGCUGUUGAUGACACGCAGCUCAAGACUGUCCACCAGAACUCUAUCAGCACUGUCCGCGCUUACGCCGGUUCUCCCGAUGCCGUCAGCCAAAUCAGCACCAGCGGUGUAGAUGGUCGCGUCGUUGUUUGGAACCUGUAG